UAAAGUAAAUUUUAAGGAGUUCUGAUCCUGAUAAACUGCCUGCGGAAAAAAAAUUACAAAUAGUAAAAAUAUACAAUUUAUUAAUAGUAACAUCAAACAAUUAUACUGAUAAUUAAAGAUAACAAUUCAACACUGAAAGAUAUCAAUUAAAUCAUUAUCAUAAAAAAUAUAUUUUAUCUCAAACAUCAAUAAAAUUUUGAAAAUAUGUUUUACUGCGGAACAUUACAAAGAUUGGGUCAAAAGUACUUGAUAAAAUCUAAAUUUACUUCAAUUACUAUUAGUAAUAGUGUUAACCGAAUUUCAAAUUUAUCCAAAAAUUUUUCAACUUCAGGUGUUCAAAAGAUGAGAUUUGUACAGUUUACGAAUAAAAAAGGUGGACCACAACAUCUUGGUGUACAAUUGAAAGCUGGCGGCGACAUAAUUGCUAUUUCAUCCAUAGAUUCUAGAAUACCGAAUAAUUUAAGAAAAUUUUUGGAAGGUGGAGAAGUUAUUCAAAAUAAAGCGAAGCGAAUUAUUGUUGAAAGUCGUAGCGUUAUUCCAGAAGCAGAUGUAAAUUUAUUAGCUCCUAUAAAUCGAAUGGACAAAUUAGCUUGUGUUGGCCUUAAUUACAGUGGACAUUGUUCAGAACAAGGCGUUGAACCACCGACAAGCCCAGUAAUUUUCAGUAAAUUUCCUAGUAAUAUUGUCGGUCCCACAGAUGAUAUCGUACUACCUUCAAUAUCUGAUAAAGUUGAUUGGGAGGCAGAGUUAGCAAUAGUUAUUGGUAAGAGCGGUAAAAACUUGAGUACUGAAGAUGCCGAAAAUUGCAUUUUUGGAUACACAGUAGCACAAGAUGUUAGCGCUCGUGAUUGGCAAAAAGGUAAACGUAAUGGAGGACAAUUUCUUCUUGGCAAAGCUAUGGAUACGUUUUGUCCGCUUGGGCCUGCUGUGGUAACUAAAGAAACUAUAAGCGACAUCAAUAAUUUAUCAGUUCAAACUUGGGUUAACGGAAAGCUCAAGCAAGACGGGAACACAAGUGAACUUAUUUUCAAACCUCGUGAUAUCGUAGCAUACAUUUCCCAAUUCAUGACUCUAUUACCCGGAGAUGUUAUUUUGACAGGAACUCCAGCGGGAGUAGGAUUCACUCGUAAUCCACCAGAGUUUCUUAAGAAAGGCGAUGUUGUGGAAACAGAAAUCCAAUCUAUUGGCCGUUUAAUAAAUAAUGUUAAGUAAAAAAUUUUGUAUAAUAUAGAUUUAUACUACCGACAGAAAGUUUGAAAGCACUUGCGAUUUUUGUAAAAGAAAAUCGUAACACAAUUUUAUCUUUGUUGUCUAUGAGGUUUUCUAAACAGGGCUGAUCGGGUAUUGCGUCUCUUACCUCACUAUCAUUUUAAUUAUUUUACUAUUUUUUAAUCAAUCGUAGUGGACCACCCAAUAUAUAAUAAUAAUUCACUAAUGCAUUUAUAUAAUAAUAAGUCAGAGGAUUCUUAAAAUUGAUUGACUUGAAUUCAAAUCAUUUUACAGUCGAAUUCUAUUAACUCGGAACUUCCCCUCAAUUUUGACCCCCACUAUGAGCUGCGCUGUCUCCCACCAAUGCUAUAUAUUUGUACUUAUGUGUCUGUAUGUACUUGAUGUAGAUGAAAGUGCGCACGCGCUGUAGUUUAUUUUUUUUAAGAGAGGGGGCAUUCGAUAAGUUGGGAUUUCCAAGAAAUUUCCGCUUCGUAGAUUAAAUGUUUGAGUUAAUGGAAUUCGACUGCAAAUUUUCCUAAUUAGAGUCUUACAAAUGCUUCUAAACUCUCUGUCGGUAGUGUAUAGUUAUAUAAAUUUAAAAAAUUGUUUUUGAUAAUAUUAAUUUUUUAAAAAGAUGAACAUUUUAUACAGUGGUUUUGUGGAUAAAUGGAAUAUUACAUUAUUUUAAUUUUUGUAUUAUAUUAUGUUGUUAUAAAAUAUAAUUUUUAAUAUAA